AUGCCUUCUAAUGCUCAUUAUGUCGAAUCUCUUCCUCCUUCACCGACAAUAGAAACCAAUAUCCGGCCUUCAAUGUGUCCUCAAUGCUACCACCAAAUCGACAGUACACAGCCACCGCAUACUUCUUUCCUUUGUUGUGUUUUCUGGAGAAGUUCAGAGCUUCCUUGGAAAUGUACCGAGUGUGGUUAUAUACAAAAACAAACCCAGGCCUCCGGUAAUAAUAACAUCAAAGCAGUAGACUCUGGCUAUGAUACACCUGUCAAGGAUGAGAGUUCUCCUCAGUAUGUACCUAUGCAUGCUCCUACUCCGGCAUGGGUUGCCCGUACAGGCUGGACACCUCAACCAGACAUAAAUACUGUUAUCAACCGAGGAUUAUGUACAAGUUGCGACUCAUAUGUAAAAAUAGAGGGUGGAAAUUGUUCUCAAUGUGGAAUUCCAUUAGCCAAACCCAAAUAGUAUAGAAAAAAAACAGUUUAUUUAUACCUUAUAUACCCAGAUGGUUCUUUGAAAAACAGUAACUAAGAAGCUUUUAUUAUUAUUAAUAAUAAUAAUAUUGCGCACAGACUAUAUAAACGCACAAAUUAUUUUAAUAAGGAAGGUGAUGGCUUCACAGUACUCUGAUAUUAAAAACAAAAAACAAAUAAAAAUAUAAUUUUUUUUAAAAAAAAAAGC